CCGCACGGAUGGCUGAGGGCAGCGGCCCUGCGGGCGAGACUGGGAUGUAACUGUCCGGCAGGGCAUUGAUGGGAAAUCCCUAGCCUAUAGGCCAGAGACGGCGCGAGGCUCAGGCCUUCCCGAUGUCCCACUGCGAGACUCGGCUGGCUUGUCCCUUUGGACCUCGGUGUCUCAUAAUUAAAACAGCCCCACCUUGGAUCAGAGCUGACUAAGAAGUAUUCAGAAGCCAAGUCAUGGAUCCACCUGCACGUAAAGAAAAAUCCAAAAUCAAAGAACCUGUCAGCAGAGUUGAGAAGGCCAAGCAGAAAUCAGCCCAGCAGGAGCUGAAGCAAAGACAGAGAGCAGAGAUCUAUGCCCUCAACAGAGUCAUGACAGAACUGGAGCAGCAGCAGUUUGAUGAGUUUUGUAAACAGAUGCAGCCUCCUGGAGAGUGAGCCGCCCCAUGUUCUGGGACCCUGGAGGCUUUUUCUGUGAGCUCAUUACUGGUUUUAAGCUGAAAUGGCCCAUUUGGAGCCUUCCAGAACUAGACAAGAAGACAUUUUUGUUAUUCCUAAAACUGGAUAAAUCUGAACAACUCUAUGUAACUUCUGUUACACUGGUUCUUCCAAUCUGAAUUAGCUAAAUGCUUACUGAAGAGACUUGUUUUAUUCUUCUAAGACAGUGUCCUUUUUUUUUUAACCUUUUUCUAUUGUUUGAGAAAAAUCAGUGUCUCUUGUGAAACUGCAAAUCUCCAAAAAUGCAAAUAAAAUACUAAUAAAAUGUG